AGCAAAUUUUCUAACGUCUGGUUUGUACGCAUCGUCAGUUGCGAAAAUAUUUUUGCCAAUUUUAACUGUAUUUUAGAUCGUUUCGGGGAAUAAGUUGUGUGUUUUUAAGCCGUUGAGAGGGUUAUUGAUGAGAAACCAUAGGAAUUGCGUUGCUAAAUGUGCUAAUGCUGCUAAUUUGCGUUUUAUAUAGAAGACACUGUGCAUGAUGAACAACUAGAUGAUAGGUGCAAGAGUUUAAACCUGUGAAAGCGAGUCUCUUUCUGCUGAACUUUGAUAAAUAUUAUAAAUAUAUCGGACAGAAAUAAUAGAUUAACAGAAAAGUUUUCGCCUUGAUGAACAGUUAAUUUGUCAAAAUCAAUAAUUCGCUAGCGUGAAGCAGUGCAAGUCGUGAUAGUGUAUGAGUCAUCGUACUGCAAUAAAAGUGCAUCGUCUGUUGUGCUCGAGUGGUAUCCCAAUUCAGUCGCUGUAUCGGAACUGGAUCAAAACAAAGUGAAACGAACUGACAUAACGGAAAAGUGUGUCACAGCGCGAAGGAAAAAGUAGGGUGAACAGGGAAUCAUCUCGCGUAGGUUCGCACGACAGGCAAAAUUUUCACCACGAAUCGCAACCCUAAAAUGCGUGCGCUAGGCAUAGCGCAGCCCAACAAUCACCACCAGACAGGCGGAAGUAGCAGUCUAACUGGUUCGCCGGGUGGAAAACUGAUGGACGGUGGUACCAUCACACUGCCUAAACCAAUUCUCUGCGGUGCCUCCGGCGGUAGUGGCGCCGGUGGUUCGGCAGCAACCGGAAGCCUUGGAGGUAAUGCACCUGCUGGCUGCAGCGAGUCCAGUGCCCAGGACACCAUUUAUCUGUGCAAUUUUCGCGUUUCGGUCGACGGCGAGUGGCUCUGUCUGAAGGAGCUGCAAGAUCUCGAUAUAAAGGACGGCAAUCCUACCGUCGUCGGCGGUGCCAGUGGCGGCAACGGCGGACAUCACGGCAAUAGCAGCGGCUUCGGUGGCAACGGUGACGGUGAUGGUUCGCUCAAUACUUUUGGUAUAAUUGAGAGUGCAAAGAGCGAUGACAAGAUUAUCGAGCGCGAUUGGGUUAACUACUACUCACGUGAUCCGGCGUCGAUCGAACGGAGCAACCUUGUCAACAUCUGUAAACUGGUGGUCAAAGAACUACUCGAGCAAUCAAUUCGGUUCGGGCGUAUGCUGGACUCUGAUCACCUGCCUCUGCAGCACUUCUUCAUCGUACUCGAGCACGUGCUUCGGCAUGGAUUGCGCCCUAAGAAGGGACUGCUGGGUCCCAAGAAAGAGUUGUGGGAUAUUCUGCAGAGCGUUGAGCGAUACACUAUGGAGGCACAAGAUAUAACUUCUUCUGUAAGGGACUUGCCCACAGUGCGGACACACAUGGGCCGUGCAAGAGCCUGGUUGCGGUUAGCAUUAAUGCAAAAGAAACUCGCCGAUUAUCUUCAGGUGUUGAUCGAACAUAGAGAUGACACCCUAGCCGAGUACUAUGAGCCACACGCACUGAUGAUGAGUGAUGAGGUUAUCAUAAUAAUCGGUAUCCUGGUAGGGCUCAAUGUGAUUGACUGUAAUUUGUGCGUCAAGGAAGAAGACUUGGACUCACAACAGGGUGUGAUUGAUUUUUCGUUAUAUCUGAGAUCCAGCUCGCGCAACAGUCCUGAUGAAGAAAAUAAUGGCGGCAACAGCGUGGCGCAUGCUAUCGAGGGUGCUUCCAGUGGUACGAUGACGGCAGUGUUGGAUCAGAAGAAUUACAUAGAGGAACUGAAUCGGCAUCUGAAUGCAACAGUGGCAAACUUGCAGUCCAAAGUUGAAUGUCUUACAACGACUAAUGCACUAAUGAAGGAAGAUUUGGCUAUAGCUAGAAACAGCCUGUUGGCUUUGCAGGCAGAGAAUGCUGCCUUGAGGCGGGCUUCGCAGCACGGCCAACCUCUCGACGAUAAAACUAACGUGCUGGAUCGUUUCGAUCCAGAAAUGGCGGAAGCUUUAGCCGAAGAACGGAAGAAACGUCAAGACGUAGAAAAAGAACUGGAUCUGCAGGUUUCAUUAAAAGCAGAGACUGAGAUGGCGAUGAAACUUUUGGAAAAGGAUAUUCACGAAAAGCAAGACACGAUCGUAUCGUUAAGGCGUCAGCUAGAGGAUAUCAAGUCGAUUAAUCUGGACAUGUACCGAAAGCUGCAGGAAUGCGAAGCAUCAUUGAAGCACAAAACCGAGCUAAUGUCACGAAUGGAAACGCAGCGCGAAUCGAUGGCCAACGCCAUAGCGCAGUUGGAGAAAAAAUACAACUCGGAAACGUCCAGCCUCAAUGCGCUGCAGGAAACUUCGCAGACUCUUUCGCUGCAGGUGGUCUCCUGUGAGCAACGAGCUACUAGGGCCGAAGCGGAUCUUCGCAUCGAAAGGGAAUGGCGCACGGCGAUGCAGGAGAACGAGAUCAAGCACAAGGAGCAAAUCAGUGCCCUCCAGCAGGAAGUUCGAACACUGUCCGAUGACUCCAAGCAACACGAUCGAACGAAGGCGGAACUAGUAAAAUUGCGUAUGCAGUGGGAAGAAGAUCAACGAACGCUGGAGGAGCUGGGGGUGCAACUGAGUGUUAGCAAGUUGCAGAUUUCCGAUCUGAAAGAAAAAAAUCAACAACAUGGCAACGAUGUUAGCGCUAAAAGUGACUCUGCAGCAAGCAACGGUGGCUCCUGGACGCCGGAUAAGGUCGUAACGAACUGCAAAGGUUGUGACAAGGAGUUCGGUAUGACACGCCGAAAACAUCAUUGUCGCCAUUGUGGUAGCAUUUUCUGCUCAAACUGUUCUGAGCACGUGGCUGUGAUACCAGGAGAAGCGAACGGCAAACCGGUGCGCGUAUGUGAUUCGUGCUGGCAGAGGCUGGCCAGUAGUGCUACUACGAUUGGGAAGUGGGUUGUAUAGUAAGCCAGAGGAAAAUAAGUAAACUAGUAGGCGUGAUCCUUUUUAACUUUGCGCAUCGGGCGGGUAUGUUACCCGAUUUGUCCACGUUCUUGAUAAAUUCGGUUAUUUUAAUGUAAAUAUACUGACGUCGGAAAUACUCGGAAGUGCAAAAUAUUUAGAUGCCUUAACAAACUAACGGAAACACACAUAUUAAUUGUAGAUUAAAAUCAAUUGUCGAACAAAUUGUAUCGGAAGAAAAGAUACAAAUAUAAUGUUUUAUGUUGUAUAUCCAGAAUUAUAAAUUAAACGUAUUUAU